AAUGGCGGCCUCCGCCGAUCCGGUGGGUGCUCCUCACUCGUCCGGCCGCAGAAGAUGGCCAUGGAGAAGGCGCCGAGCGUGGAGGAGCCGCUGCUUCUCGGCGCCGGCGGCAAGGGAGGCGAGGGCGCCGCCGUCGCGGAGCUGAAGCGGCUGCUCCAUCUGGCGGGGCCGCUGGUCGCCAGCGGCGUGCUCCGGAACGCGGUGCAGAUGGUGUCCGUCAUGUUCGUCGGCCACCUCGGGGAGCUCCCCCUCGCCGGCGCCUCCCUCGCCACCUCCGUCGCCAACGUCACCGGCUUCAGCCUCCUCUUCGGCAUGGCGAGCGCGCUGGACACGCUGUGCGGACAGGCGUACGGCGCGAGGCAGCACCACCUGCUGGGCGCCUACAAGCAGCGCGCCAUGGUGGUGCUCGCCGUGGCCGCCGUCCCCGUCGCGCUCGUCUGGGCCAGCACCGGUGAGAUCCUCCUCCUGCUCGGCCAGGACCCCUCCAUCGCCGCCGAGGCCGGCGCGUACGCGCGGUGGCUCAUCCCGGCGCUCGUCCCGUUCGUGCCGCUCGUGUGCCACAUCCGGUUCCUGCAGGCGCAGAGCGCCGUCGUGCCGGUGAUGGCCAGCUGCGGCGCCACGGCGGCGAGCCACGUCGUCGUGUGCUGGGCGCUGGUGCGCAAGGCCGGCAUGGGGAGCAGGGGCGCCGCGCUGGCCAACGCCGUCUCCUACACCGUCAACCUCACCAUCAUGGCUCUCUACGUCAGGCUCUCCUCCGCCUGCAAGAAGACAUGGACUGGGUUCUCCAUGGAGGCCUUCAGGGAGCUUCGCCAGUACGCCGAGCUCGCCGUCCCCGCAGCGAUGAUGGUCUGUUUGGAAUGGUGGUCAUUUGAACUGCUUGUGUUGCUAUCUGGUCUUCUGCCCAAUCCUAAGCUUGAAACCUCAGUUUUGUCGAUAUGCCUCAACACUGGUUCUCUUCUGUUCAUGGUUCCAUUUGGACUCUGCACAUCCAUAAGCACUCGCGUUUCGAAUGAACUAGGUGCUGGAAAUCCCCAAGCAGCGAAGCUAGCAACGCGAGUAGUCAUAUUUAUGGCCAUCACCGAAGGUUUGGUGAUCACCCUUACGAUGAUUCUGCUGCGCAAUUUCUGGGGUCAUAUGUAUAGCGAUGAGGCUGAAGUUGUCACAUACAUUGCCCGUAUGAUACCUGUUCUUGCAAUAUCAUUCUUCAUUGAUGGGAUGCACAGCUCUCUUUCAGGAGUGCUCACUGGAUGUGGCAAGCAGAAGAUCGGCGCACGUGUGAAUCUUGGUGCGUUCUACUUGGCAGGCAUUCCAAUGGCAGUCUUGCUGGCAUUUGUUCUCCAUCUGAAUGGAAUGGGGCUUUGGCUUGGCAUCGUUUGCGGGAGCCUCAGCAAGCUUAUCCUGCUCUUUUGGAUCACAAUGAGAAUAAACUGGGAGAAGGAAUCAAUCAAGGCAAAAGAGUUGGUCUUCAGCUCGACUCUUCCUGUAGCAUGACAAUAAAUAAUGCGUCAGACAUUACAUGGUAUGGUGCAAUUGUUCGUGCACAAGCAAUAGAGAACCAAAUGUUAUGAAUCUGUACCUUAUGCUUUAAGCACCCAAUUUUGUACCAUUUAAACAUGAACUUUUGCUCUUAUUGGAACAUCGAAUUUGUAGCAGUUCUUUGUGUACGGAUUGAAUUUGGUAAAACUAGGGAUAUAUCUUAUAUAUAUGGGUUAAGAAUCAUAUUUUAGGUAAUAAAAUGCCUGUAUACCGGUGUAUGAGCUGUAAUGACUGUGACAUUAUGGAAUUAAUUAUUGCUCUCUUACUGGCUACCAUCUUAUCUUAGUACUGAAAUAAAAAUGCACCACUCUC